UAGUAUUUUACUACAAUGGCGGUAGGAUUUUGUUGUGUGUUGGAUAAGAGAAAGAGAGUUCUAAUUGGAUGUACCGGUAGUGUAGCCACCAUUAAAUUGCCGCAAUUAGUACAGAAAUUGUGGCAAAACAAUUUGGAAGUAAGAAUAGUGGUUACUGAAAAAGCUAAGCAUUUUAUGAAAGAAGCAGAACUGCCUUCAGGAAUUCAAGUCUUGUCAGACACGGUAGAAUGGGCUGCUUGGCAAGACAGAGGAGAUCCUGUAUUGCACAUAGACCUAGUCAAGUGGGCAGAUUUGUUUUUGAUUGCUCCAUUAGAUGCCAAUACGCUUGGGAAAAUAGCAAGCGGUAUAUGCGAUAAUAUUUUAACCUGUGUUGCUCGUGCCUGGGAUCAUUCCAAGCCUUUGAUUUUUUGCCCUGCUAUGAAUACAAAAAUGUGGGAACAUCCUGUAACUGCACCACAGGUAGCUCUACUUAAAUCUUGGGGAUACAAGGAAGUCACUUGCAUUUCUAAAACUCUUAUGUGCGGUGACACCGGAAUUGGAGGAAUGGCAGAAGUAGACACCAUUGUCCAAACUACACUGAGAUCGCUUAACCCUUGGGACCCAUACUCGCCGCCGAAUAUGCGCCUUUAGCAUGAGGAGGAAAGAACUAAACGUUCAACGAAGCUUUAUCAUACACAUAGAAUGUGAAACUAUCUUGGUGAAGGAAAAUCAAACUAAAAGCGAAAGGAAAUCGCGUACUAUGGUGGAAUUCAACUAAUUUAUGCUCAUAAUAAAAUUCAUGUCCAACAACAAGUUUCAGCUUGUCCGAUUACGCUUUGCCGAAUUCACCAUAGUCGCGUUAUUUUGUUGCUCAAACAAAAUGGUUCUUGAACGUCUGCGGCAAGAGAAAGCGAGCAAAACAGAGAGUCUAUUUAUUCACUCGCCAAAGCAGAAUGUAAAAACUGUAAAGAGAUUCUGUUAACAUAUCGUUUAAAGUUGACCCAACAAAUGAACACUGUAUAUGUUUUUGUUAAAUAUAUGAGUUACACGAUAA